AUGUUGGUGUCGCCGACGGCCGCUGCAACCUCCAUUGAACAGCAAACUAUUCGCGAUCUCAGAUCGAUCCUGCCACAAAUCGAAAAUCUCAACGAUGGAUAUGUGCUUCGUUGGCUUCGUGCAAAAGGUGGACGAUUUGACGAAACAGCAGAGAGUCUAAGAAAACAUGUCACAUUCCGAACAGCAUGGCAUUUGGAUAAAAUUCAUCAGUGGACACCUCCAGAAUGCCUCGAAAAAUAUUGUGGAUAUGGAUUGCUGGGUGAUACUGAAGGACGUCCAAUUCUGAUGUCUUUGCUGGGUAAUGUAGAUGUCGAAGGGCUGUUGAGAUCUGUUGCAUCGUUGGAUUAUAUCAAGUUCUCAUUGGCUGCAAUUGAAAAAGGAAUGAAACUUUGUGAGCAGAAAGCUUUGGAGUCUGGCCGCCCGUUUGAACAAAUGACAUUGGUAUUCGAUUUGGAAAACAUCACCUCCGCUCACUUUUCAUGCAAACAGUUCGCUUCGUCUUUCACCACACUCGUCAGUCUGUUCCAGGAUCAUUAUCCUAUGGUUUUGAGGAAAAUUCUGAUCAUCAGGGCACCGGAAAUGGCACGAAUUGCUUACGCAUCCAUCACUGCAAUUCUACAGGAUCCCAUCACUCGUCUCGUGGAAAUGCCGUCUGAAUCCGAUUGGAAAUGGUCAUUGGCUCAAAUCGUGAAUCUCGAAGCGUGGCCAAUGUACUGGGGUGGAAAUCUUGUCGAAAACGGAGAUCCAAAAUGUCCAUCUCGUAUCAAAUACGGCGGUGGCGCUGUCGACGAAUCCUAUUUCGUGGAUCCGAAAAAAGCGAUGGCAGACUACGAUCAACUGACUACUGUCUACGCUGGAGACAAGCAUCUCAUUCAGAUCAAAGUGAAACGACCAAGUCGGAUAAGCUGGACCUAUAUGACUGAUGAGGACGAUAUUGGAUUCGAAAUUCAUUAUGACAAAACUGGAGCUUGCGAUAAGCUAACUGAAAUGGAAACUGUCUAUCCGUACAUCCGUUUGGAGUGUACCAAUGUUCCAAUCACAGGACAUUUGGAUGUCACUGAUCUUGGAAAUUAUGUCCUUGAAUUUGACAACUACUACUCGUGGUUCUCAGCUAAACAACUUCGCUACAACAUCGAAAUUGAGGAUUUGUAA